AUGUCAGAUAAGAACGACGCCUGUCCCGUCGACCACAAGACCCGCGACGCAUGGCUCGCCCAAGCCCGCAACGCCGAAGCCGCAAAGGCUCAAGCUGAGUCUGCAGCAGCAUGCCCCGUCGACCACACUGCGCCAGAACCCAAAUCAUGGGCAUCUUACCUCCCUUGGGCUUCUUCCACGCCUGCACAUACAUCUACGCAAACCUCGACGCCGAACAGUAGCCUUGACACCGACCGGGUUAUCUCCACGAUUCCACGAACCUUUGGCACUCCUGCGGCGUGUCCCGUCGACCACGACAAGGAGCCCGCGAAGCCUGCGAACCACGAGAUGGAGACUGGGGUGGACCCCUCUGGGAACUGGGUGUAUCCUUCGGAGAAGAUGUUCUUCGAGGCUAUGAAGCGCAAGGGCUAUGAUGCGCGGGUGGCGGAUAUGAAGACUGUCGUGCCGAUUCACAAUGCCGUUAACGAAAGAGCAUGGGAAAAGAUCAAGGAGUGGGAAGCGCCGUACCUCCAGGGCACACCAUGCGACGGUCCAAAGCUCGAAUCCUUUGCCAACAAGAUGCAACGAAUGACACCCACAGCUCGCUUCAACACCAUCCUUGGCUACUCGGCGCCGUUUGAUCGCCACGAUUGGGUUAUUGAUAGGUGUGGUACGCGAGUCGACUACGUGAUCGACUUUUACUCUGGACGACCCGAUGGCAAGGGAGGGCCAAGCUUCUACCUUGAUGUGCGGCCAAAAUUGAACACAUGGGAGGGUGUCAAAAUGCGAGCUAAGAGGUGGGCAUGGUUGGCGUGA